AUGGAGCCGAGGGUGUCUCCCAGGAUCUCUGCCUCCCUGCUGCUGGCCUUGCUGGCUCUCUUCGCUUUGGAUGUCCUCGUCGACGCCUCCGUCCACGACUACGCCAAAGAGAAGUUCAUCCCCAGAGGGAAUGCUUUCGUUCUCAAUGGCGGCAGCGAGGGCCUCUACGCCUCCUCCCUCACCACCGGUGGGAACAUUCGAUCGCCAGCCUCCGGAAAUGGCGACUCCUUCAUUCGGUUACUCCCCGCUCUCUCUCUCCCUCUCUCUCUCUUCCCCCCUUCUCCGUUAGUCUUAAAUCCUGUGCUUGCAUCUGGCUCUUACUUAACAGUGGAUACCUGAGAAUUUAUUAUCACCUGUUAAUCGUUUUUGGUAUUUCUGCUGCUUCUUUAGCUGAUCAAGUCCCAUGCUGUACAUUCGUGCGAUCAGGGUUCCGGAUGCAAUGGAUCUGACCCGCAUAACUUGUUUUUCAUUUCCUCUCUUUCUUCUGCGCUCAAUUCUGUCCUAGUUCACCUAUUGGUCCUUUGGAUGGUUCGAGAAGUAGCCUGGAAAGGAAAACCCUACUUCUAUGAAUCUAAUUCUAGUUCGUCAUUGUGUAAAAUAUUUUUUUUAUCAAGAUGAAAUUUAGCAACAUUCGAGAGUGAAAAAAUAAUCUAUUCUCCUUUUUUACUAUUUUUUCCGGAUAUUUCUUAGAAGCCUGAUCGGAUGAUGAUGAGCACAUGAACAUACCAGUGAUGUACUUUAUUACCUCUUUUGAGCAAGUGAAUAUCAAUCUGUAUCCUAUUGUGUAUUCAUGGUUCAUAGUUCUUAGCUUAAAUAGCUGUGUCAUCCAGGUCUUGGGUCUGAUGCAGUUGGAUGUUUGCUCAGCGUUCAGUCUUAGAGUCCAGAGCGUCUAGUCUCUUAAAGACUGUCCUAUUAAAUUAGGUGCUAGAAGAAACAUAAACAGACAUCUCACGGCCCUGAACUGUGUGAAUUAAUACGGUGACGAUUCAUCAUCAGUAUGGAACGUGCAUACUAUUUAUUAUUUACUAAUCUCAGAUGAAAUAAUCUUUCCUAUGAUCUCUGCUUUUUUUCCUUGUUCCUAUCAGUUUUGAGAAGAUAACAUUCAGAAGGCCAAAGGAGCCCUCCACGUCCAGUAAAGAAGAUGACACGAAGUACGUUCAAGCUAUUAUUUUUGAGGUUGAAGAUCGAGAGACUAUUGGCGGGUCAGCUUAUGGUGGUCAGAGAGCAAUUUGUUGCACGCCUGACCUGGCGAAAUUAGGUGCCUGCACUCAGGGCAGAGUCAUUUAUAGGCCUUCAGAGCAUAACCCAGAGUGGCCACAGGUGUUAACGGUGACAUUUAAGGGAAAUGAUCUUGUUGCUACAUUAUUACCUGAAACUGUACACAUCACGAGGACGGGAAUGUACAAUCUAUAUUUCAUAUACUGUGACCCGAGCCUCAGUGGUUUAGUUAUAGAAGGGAAAACCAUCUGGAAGAACCCUAGCGGAUAUCUGCCUGGAAGGAUGUCUCCACUCUUGAAGUUUUAUGGAGGAAUAUCUCUUGCUUUCGUUGUACUCGGCAUCUUCUGGUUCUUGCAGUAUGCAAGAUUCUGGAGGGAGGUUCUUCAACUUCAGAACAGCAUUACUCUUGUGAUCGCCCUUGGCAUGUUUGAGACAGCUUUGUGGUACUUUGAGUAUGCAGAAUUCAACAAGACUGGAGUUCGACCAAUUGGAAUUACUAUUUGGGCAGUGACAUUUGGUGCUGUUAGGCGAACGGUCUCACGUGUUAUCAUGCUUGUUGUUUCUAUGGGUUUUGGUGUGCUUAGGCCUACAUUGGGUGGUCUUACUUCGAAGGUGAUCAUGCUCGGAGCAACCUUUUUUCUAGCAUCUGAGGUGCUUGAAUUGGUGGAGAAUGCUGGUACUAUAAAUGAUCUUUCAGGGAAGGCAAUUCUGUUUUUGGUUCUUCCUGUGGCGGUUUUGGAUGCAUUUUUCAUUCUUUGGAUUUUCACCUCUCUCUCCAAAACCCUGGAAAAACUACAGGUGCCAAUUUAUGUUUUUUCCAUGCUUUUUUUGCCCCGUGAUUAAUGGUGCUCUUCCUGAGAGUUAGUUUGCUCAUGAAAACAGGCGAAGAGGUUAACAGCCAAGUUAGAGAUGUACCGCAAAUUCACCAAUGCAUUGUGUGCCGCUGUCAUUGUAUCAGUUGGUUGGAUUUGUUAUGAGGUAGUAUUCAUCAACUCGUUUAAUAUUUUGGGAAAAUAAGUUCGUACUUUUACAUGAUUCAGGAGAGGUUCACCUUUUCUGUCACUUAUUGCAUUUAAUUCAUUGGCAUCUGCCCUUUUCAAAAAAAAAUCCAAUCAAUGACUUUCAGAGACAUGUUUGCAUCUCCUCUACAAACGACGAUGCAGUAAUAUCGAAGUAUCUUUUUUUUUUUUUGCAGAUUUAUUUUAAAUCAACCGAUGUGUACAAUGAGCGGUGGCAGAAUGCCUGGGUCAUUCCUGCCUUUUGGCAUGGUCUGUCAUUUUCGCUUCUGUGCAUCAUAUGUGCCCUUUGGGCACCCUCUCAGAAUUCAACACGGUGAGUUUCCUGCGAAUUUGUGAUGCCUGAAGCUUCUCUCAGUCGUAUGAUGCCCUGUUUAUAAAGUAUAUAAUCUGCACUCCUGGAUCAAUAUUUAUCGAAAAGGUCGCGUAGAAUUUAUAAUAUCUUUGACAAGAAGUUAAAUCACGACCUUAAUCAUGACCCCUAGAGAGUGGUUUCUACAGUGUUUCAUGCAGCAGCCGAACCUGCAGUGCUUCAAAUACCCUGUAAACUGGUUGCAUUGGCUCGCAUUAAAUAAUCAAUCAUUCCGACUGGAAACCGAUCAACAGUUGAGUAGAGUAGGUUAGAGGCCCUUAUAUAGUUAAAUCAAGCAUGCCCCAGGACAGACAUUCCGUGAAUCAGCCUGACCUAAAGCUUUUAAGGUUCCUUCUUGAUUUAAUGUUCUUUCACCAAACCUCUUGCGCUGGUAGAGAAAUCGGUUCUUUUAAUUGGUUCCACCUUCUGAUUACACCCUCCCAUCAUAAUAAUGUUUCGGUUUGUUUUCUUACGAAUUUCCUGUUUGGGUUUGUUUUCUGAGGCCUCGGACUAAUGCUUCCAAAAUGUUCUACAAAAGCUACGCUACGCUACGAUGUAGAUUCAUGACGAGAAGGAUAUCAUAUAUUAAAAAACAUAGACGUAAUGCUUCUCCGUCCUGUUUGUUCCUCAGAUAUGCCUACUCAGAUGAUGGCAGCGAGGAGUUGGACCAAGAGGACACCAUCUCUCUGAUAAAGCCUGCCCCCCUGCGGUCGAAAGAUAAUUGGAACUUGUCAUCCCCAGAUGGCAAGACUGCCCUGACGAUCGACCCCACCCCGGUUGAGGAGGGCAAGAGGGAGUAG